UUCUGUUUUCCCAAGUUGACUAUUUGAAUAGUCUGCUGCUUCUAUCACGUAUUCUACUCCAGAGUUCAACCCAGUUACCCAGAUCGAUAGGAUGGCAACCACUGAGGCUCCAAAGACGAUCUACUCCUUCACUGUCAAGAAUGUUAAGGGGAAUGAUGUAGAGCUUGGCAUUUACAAGGGUAAAGUUCUGCUCAUUGUCAAUGUUGCUUCCAAAUGUGGACUGACAAACUCAAACUAUACCGAGCUGAAUCAACUCUACGAAAAGUAUAAAGAUCAAGGAUUCGAGGUGCUGGCUUUUCCUUGCAAUCAGUUUGGUGCACAGGAACCGGGAAAUAAUGAAGAGAUUGAAGAGUUUGUCUGCACUCGUUACAAAUCAGAGUUUCCGAUAUUUGACAAGAUUGAAGUAAAUGGUGAUAACACUGCUCCACUGUACAAGUUUUUGAAGUCGGGCAAAUGGGGUUUCUUUAAAGAUGAUAUUCAAUGGAACUUUUCCAAAUUUCUAGUUGACAGAGAUGGGAAAGUUGCUGAUCGUUAUUACCCUACAACUGCCGCCCUUAGUCUUGAGCAUGGCAUAAAGACCCUGUUAGGAGUUUCAUGAAUGAUGAAAUAUGAAGGUUUCAACGAUGUCACAACACAGUUAAGUGAGUUAAGCGGUAUGCAUCUGCUUGCCUUCAUGUAUGAAAAAAAAUGUAAACGCUUGUUCUGUGUCUUCAAGACUUGUUAAUAUUCCAACUAAUGAAACAAGUUAUAUUCCUCGUGGGGAUGAUACAGAUGAUUUUAACGAUCAUCUUAUCUGCCUGUUUCAUAAAGAAGCACAUUGU